AUGUCUUCAGCUCCUCCACCUACCACGUCUCUUGACCCGGAUUGGGCCAAGGAGAGUAAUACCGCCAUGAUUUUCGGUGUCACUGGCGGCUUCCACGCCCUUGCGCUGCUUUUCGUUGGCCUCCGCGUGUACACCCGUGCGGCCAUCGUCAAGCUUAUGGGGAGAGACGACUACGUCGCCAUUGCAUCCGUGUUAUGUGCCAUGGCAGGCAUGACAAUAUUUUCAGUGCAAUCCUUCUACGGUCUCGGGAAGCACACACUCACCAUCCCUGCCGAGAACAUGGUCAUCAUGAGAAAGUCAAGCUUCUUCCAGUCAAUCAUAUCUUCCAUCGCUGGUUUGGCAUUGCUGAAAGUAUCGAUUGGCCUCUCUCUCCUCCGGCUCAGUAAUGGUAUCUGGUACUCGAGAUCUCUUUGGGCAUUAAUUGUAUUUGUGUCUGCCUAUAGUUUCAUGGCCUGGAUGACGUUCUUCUUCUAUUGCCAACCACUGGAAGGAUAUUGGGACAAGAGUUUAAAACCCAAAUGCUAUCCAAUCACUCUCUUCAUCAAAUUUGGCUUGAUCAACACUGCCUUCAACAUCUUCACCGAUGUAUGCUUCGCUACGCUUCCUGUAAGCAUCAUUUGGACGUUGCAGAUGAAGCUAAGGACACGGAUAUAUCUUAUCAUUGUUCUCAGUCUCGGUUACUUUGCGGUAGCUAUGGGUGUCAUCAAGUCAGUCUACCAAAUAGCCUACGGGAAAGACAUGGACAAGACUUUUUACCAAAGUAUUCAAUUCUGGGAAUUCUUACAACUCAACCUCGGAAUCAUCGCGGCUUGCGCACCAUCUUUGAAGCCUCUUGUCGGCCAUGCCCUCAAAAUUUCAUCGAGCGACCGCUAUCACGGCGAAUUAUAUGAGAAUCGGAGACGGACCGGAACAAAUACGUCAAAACGCCGCCAGGGCUACAGAGUUCACGACAGUCAAGUUGAAUACGAGAUGCAUGGUCGUACUUUUGCUGGAUCCCCCGAGGUUCAGCGCAGUGCUGUAGAUAGCCUACAUCAAAGCUCAUAUGGAAAAGACGACAGCAGGGGGUCUGGGAGUGAGGACAUGAUUCUCCAGGAUGAUAAAGGACAAGGAAUUAUGCGGACCACAGAAAUAUCGAUCAAGCGAUGA